UACGAUAAAGGAAACAAAAUUAAAUCAUACAUCAAAACGUUAGUGCUACUUUUACUACUAGUACUACUAAUAGUACAACUAGUACUGGGUAGCGCUAGUGGUAAUGCUACUGCUAAUGUCACUUAUGUAAUGAAACAAUUAUCACUGGAGUGGGUAAAGGAGAUUUUAUUUCAGGUUGAGAAAUACAAAACACUGGAGUAUUGGAAAAGCCAAAGAUUCAUAGGCCUAUAAACACCAACUAUGAUGUCGUAGAUCCUUAAAUAUAUCUUAGUAUGAAUGAUGAUAAAUUUAAUCAAAGAGAUACUCUGUUAACUCCAGUUUGGUUCGAACGCAACAGAAGUUUGUGUAAUCCCAAAAGAAUUGACAUUUUACAGAAGAAACCAUGUUUAGGAAUCAACAUAGAAAAUGACACUACUGAAACAGGUUUUAAUAAAAUAGAAGAAAGGAAUGAAAGAGAACAGAAAAAUGAUGGCAAAUGUCAAUUAGAAGAUGAAGUUGAGAACUUUAAGAAACAAAUAAGAAUCCUCCAUGAUGAACUUGUGUUGAAACAGUCAGACCUGGACAAACUUCAUGUUUAUGUUGGUACCCAAGUGACUCCACAGGUUCGUGACUUAGAAGAUGAAUCAACAAAAGAAUGGAAGAAGCAGCUUGAAAGCCAAAUAGAAAAGCUUCAGAAAGAAAGAGACAAACUUUUAAAUUCUCAGACUCAAUUUAAAAUCAGGAUAAAUGCUAUGGAGAACAUAAUAAGUCUGCAGCAAAGAUGGCAGAUGAAAAACUGUGAAGAAAAAGAGGCAAACAAGUGUAAUGCAGAGACUUUACUUACGAGAUGGAGACACAAGGUUUAUGCCCUCUUAGUUCAACAGAAAACCACUGAUAUCAUCCACAAAGAAGAGUUGGCCAAAAAUAACUUUCAGAUAAAAUCUCUUCAAGAUGAAAAAGAAACCUGUUUUCAUGAGAGUAAGCUCUUAUUGAGUUCUUUAGAGAACAGAACUGCUGAAGUCAACCUAGAGAAACUAAAAGUUCAAAAUCUUGAAGACAAGCUGUAUCAUGUUCUGCAAAAAGAGAGGGAGCUCCAACAGUUGCAGACAAAGCAUGAAGGUGCAUUGUCUCGGAUUGAAUCAUCAUUUAGAAGUUUUUUUAGUGAAAUGACUUGUCAUGAGAAAAGUUUUGUUUCAUCACUAAAGAUGCUGAAAGAACUUGACACUCGUCUAACCUUUGCAGUUAGCCGUUUAGACCUUUUAAAAGAACUCUCUAUUCAGCUUCAAAUGGCAGAUAAAAAAACUUGUCAACAAUCCAACCUUAAUGAAAACAAGUCUGACAAAGAAAUGUCAGAUAAUGAUCCUUUACCUUUCAAUAUACUGGAGGAAGAGUUGCACCAUUUAAGGCAAGAGCAAGAAGUUCUGCUGAAACGAUUGAGGGCAGAUCGUCAAAAAUGGCAAGAAAUGUAUACAAUGCAAGAGGAGAAUACCAAGGAGACAGUAAAAGCUUUAAGGGAAAGGCUUGAAGAAACUGAGGUUCAGUUGUUAGAAGAAAGAAAGAAAAAAGCCAGAUUAAUGGAAGAACAGAGUAAAUAUAAAACAGAAGCAGAAGAGGCAAAAUGUACUAUACAGCAACUGGCUAAUGAAUUGGAGUCAAAGAAGGAAAACAAUGCAAUAGCUUUCAACAAUCAGCAAAUAAAGCAUCAGAACCAGAUCAUAGAAUUAGAAACAAAGCUUGAAGAGGCUCGAAGAGAGCAAGUUAAAGCUAUAAUUGCCCAGCAACAUGCUGAACGAGAAACAAAUAUUAUAAAACAUGAAUUAGAAGAAAAGUUGACAGGAUUUAAGGAAAGUAGUCAAUCAGAGAUGAUUCAAUUAAAAAACAGACUCCAAUCACUAGAACGAGAGAAGAAUGUUUUAACAGCAGUUAUUCAUCAUUACGGAUUGACUGACCAGUUCAAAAGUGCGAGAAAGUCACCUUUGCCUCUAAAAACAACUAGUUUAGAUAUGAGUCAGCCAUCAAAAAAUCUAUCAUCUGGUAUAGUUGGAAAGAAAAAACCCGAAGAAAACAUCCAGACAUUUCACCAUCCUGAUCUUCAAUUGAUAAAAGAUACAACAAAAAAACCUGUUGACAAAGAGGGCGUUGAUGAAAUCAAGGAUAUGCUGAAAGAGUUAUCUUCAACAAUCAAGAACAUUUCUGAAGAUGGCAUUGAUGUUUCAACUCAACAAUGAAAUGCUUGAAUAUCAGCCAAAACCUCUGUCUUUGUUUUAUUUUUUCUGCUUAGUUUAGAAUGGUGUUUUGUUAUGUUUAAAUAUAUGAUUGACUCUUUGAAGUUUAACUCAUCCAGGGUGAAAAUUGAACAAAACAUUUUUCACGAAAAAUAUUGUCAAAAAUGCUAAAUGUUAAGCAAAAAAUAUAUUGAACUGUAGAUUUUCUAGAAUCUUCAGAAAAUACUGAUAAUUCGUUUUUUUUUUGUCUGGCAGUUUGCAAUUAAAAAAAAAAUUACUUUUGUAAAAUUCUCCUGUUACACCUAUAGUGCACUCAACCAAAACACUUAUGUUAAGAAAGGACAAACUGUCAACAAACAAUUAAAUAAAACUGCUUAAUUUUAGCUUGUGCAGCUUGAGAAGUGAAAAGAUAUAAUGUUCUUGGAUGCUAGUAAAGAGAUAUGGAAAUAUUACACACUAAUUUGUUGUUGUUUUUUUGUUUUGUUUUUUGCUAAAUGAUAAAGGAUAGAUUGACUCCCAGAUGUGAGUUUACCAACUUUUGAUUUAUCAUUUUCAUUUAAACACCUAAUAUACAUGAAAUUAGCAUAAUACAGCUUUUUCAAAUUUUAAAAAUCCAGGAACAUAAAUGGUUUUUAAAUCAUAUUUUUGGAGGUUACACAGCUAUUUUUAUAUGCAAUCAAAUAAUAAAUGCAGUCUUGCAGGUGGAACUACAGGAUUUUAUGCAAAUGGUAUUAAAGUAUUGUGAUAUUCUAAUGAUUAACCUAGCACACAGUUAUUUGAUCUUCAUAAUACUUGAGAUUAGUGAACCUAUAUGCAUAUGAACAAGUUUAGUAACUUGUAGGUGAAAUGAUAGAUACAAGGCAUGGUGUGAUGUUGGAAUGAUAGAAGGAAAGUCAGAUACUAGCUGAUUGAAAAAGUGGUUGGGUAUUUUUGUAUAAAUAGUUCAUUUAUAUUAAUAGAUGGAGGAAAAACUGUAUUUAAGUGAAAAUAAAAUGUACUGUAUUCAGAUAAAUGAGGAUGAUAAAUACAUAAU